CCGAGCCCGAGCCGAGCCCUGACACUGUCCGUCCGCCUUCAGGCUCCCCGGGAGCCCGGACUGGCCGCAGCCCGAGAGGUGGCAGCGCCGGGGGCCUCACGCGCCGGAGGGAGCGGACCGGACGGGACGGGACUAGAGGAGGCGCUGCCGCCACAGUGGCCGGGGACCGGCGACGGGAGCCGCGGCCUCCCGGACCCUGCUGCUCAGGCCAGCUCAGGGAGAGCGGGGAGUAGGAAAACCCCACCCUCGGGGGCACCCCCGGAGCGGAGGCGGGAGCGGGGACGGGGAGCAACCUCUCUCCCGGCCGGAGGGAAGACCCUCACCACUCGGGCGAGGCAAGGGAGAGACCCCUGGAGGGGAGACUCUCUCCUUCGUAGGGGCGUAGGGGCGAGGAAAACCCCCAUCCUGGCCCGGGGAUAGACCUCCAGAAGUAGAAAGGGGUGAUCUUACUAAAGGAAGCAGACCGAGUGAGACCGCCCCAGCGUGCCUCCACCCCUCCAAACGCACACUCUCAGCAGUUCAGGACUUUUCGAGGCGAAGAGAAAAGGGGGAAAUGCCUAUGGAGUAGGCGCCCUGCAUCCUAUCCAGUACUCACGGGGGAGAGGAGUCCUUGCAUUCAGAAGCGGGGGACCCUCCAGGGACAGAAGAGGAGUCGGCUUUCAGCCUUUCAGGAGAGGGGAAGAACUGUCCCCUCAACUUCCUUGUACCUAGACAGUGGAACAGGGCAGAGCCCCUCCGCUCAGAUCUCCAGCAGACACAAGGAGCCCUCCACUCCCGAAGGAUCCACUUUGGGGGGGAGGGGGACUCCCCCAAGGGGGAGGAGACAACUCCUGGUUGGGAGAGGCUCCUCCCCUCCUCCCCAGGGGAACAGGCAGGGUGUGGGGGGUGUGCCACCUUCCCCAGGUAGGACCUCCUUCUCCCCCUCCCCCUCCCCCUCCUCCCUCCGCUCCUCACCUUCAGGGGACCCGGUUCCCCUCCCCAGCUUGGGAUGCUCAGCCAAGUACCGGAAGAGCCACCGAGGAUGACACGCUUCAUCUGCCUUUGAAGAGGGGAGUCCCUCCAACCCCAAACUCCAGUACCAGGUGGUUCCCUCCCUUUGCUGGGGGAACCUUGGAGACAGAACCCAGAAGUACCAUGGCUUCUGACCUAGAGAGUAGCCUCACCUCCAUAGACUGGCUCCCCCAGCUGACCCUUCGAGCUACCAUUGAGAAGCUUGGGAGUGCCUCCCAGGCCGGGCCUCCAGGUGGCGGCCGCAAGUGCCCGCCGGGCUCACCCACAGAUCCUAAUGCCACCCUGAGCAAAGACGAGGCAGCUGUCCACCAGGAUGGCAAACCACGGUACAGCUAUGCCACCCUCAUCACCUAUGCCAUCAACUCCUCUCCUGCCAAGAAGAUGACCCUCAGCGAGAUUUACCGCUGGAUCUGUGACAACUUCCCCUAUUACAAGAACGCUGGCAUCGGUUGGAAGAAUUCAAUUCGGCACAACCUUUCUCUCAACAAGUGUUUCCGGAAGGUGCCCAGACCUCGGGAUGACCCUGGGAAGGGCUCUUACUGGACGAUCGACACCUGCCCUGACAUCUCCCGGAAGAGAAGACACCCUCCAGAUGAUGAUCUAUCUCAAGACUCGCCAGAACAGGAGGCAAGCAAGAGCCCACGGGGAGGCAUUCCAGGGAGUGGAGAAGCCUCACUGCCUUCCGAGGGGAAUCCUCAGAUGUCACUUCAGAGCCCCACAUCUAUCACCAGCUACAGCCAGGGCACAGGAUCUGUGGAUGGCGGAGCAGUGGCAGCCGGGGCUCCAGGCCGAGAAAGCGCUGAGGGUCCCCCUCCCCUGUAUAAUACCAACCAUGACUUCAAGUUCUCCUACUCAGAGAUCAAUUUUCAGGAUCUAAGUUGGUCCUUUCGCAACCUCUACAAAUCCAUGCUGGAGAAAUCUUCCUCCUCUCAGCAUGGCUUUUCGUCUCUCCUGGGGGACAUGCCGCCCUCCAACAACUACUACAUGUACCAGCAGCAGCCGCCGCCACCUCAGCAGCAGCAGCAGCCGCCGCCACAGCCGCCACCCCAACAGUCCCAGCCGCAGCAGCAGCAGCAGGCAACGGCCCAGGGCCCCUCGACCGUCGGGGGCGCGCCCCCGCUGCACACCCCGAGCCCGGAUGCUUGUACCCCCCCAGGGGGGAAGCAAGCUGGGGCUGAGGGCUAUGGGCCUCCCUCCGUGAUGGCCAUGCACCCACCCCCACUGCAGCACGGAGGCUACCGCCCGCACCAGCACCACCCGCACGCCCAUCCUGCCCAGCCACCGCCUCCGCCGCCACAGCAGGCACCAGGCCAGGCUCCUGUCAAUAGUACUGGCUUCGCCUUUCCUCCUGACUGGUGCUGCAAUAUCGACUCCUUAAAGGAAAGCUUUAAGAUGGUGAAUCGGCUCAACUGGUCCAGCAUUGAACAGUCACAGCUCUCAGAACUGAUGGAGUGUCUGCGACAGGCAGAGCAGAAGAACUGGAGCCUCGACCAGCAUCACAUUGCCAAUCUGUGUGACUCGCUCAACCACUUCCUUACUCAGACUGGUCACGUGCCCCCCCAGGGGGGCUCCCACCGGCCACCAGCCCCUGCCCGUAUCGCUGACUCCUGUGCCCUUACCAGCGGCAAGCAAGAGCCAGCCAUGAACCCAGUGAACUCUUAUGUGCACCCACAAGCCCCCCACCUCUACCCUGGCCCGUCACCAAUGUACCCGAUCCCCACCCAGGACUCAGCAGCAUACAAUCGCCCAGCACACCAUAUGGUCCCUCGGCCACCGGUUCCACCUCCUGGUGCCAAUGAGGAGAUCCCUGAUGACUUCGACUGGGACUUGAUCACUUAGGGCAUCACGGAGUGUGGCCACGAGCCCAAGGCUGGGUGGUGAAGUCUGGCAGUGGGGCAAGAGCAGCCCCAGCCCAUCCCUUCCUCCUUGCCUGUAUAUAGUUAUAUAUUCUCUUUUUUUCUUGCUCUGUCAGAGAAGCCACCGCAAGAUGCUGCCGAAGAUAACCCCCCCCCUUUCCUGCCUCCUUCUUCCUCUUUCUUCUUGUUUUUUUCCCCUAAUUCUUUUAUUAUUAUUCUUAUUAUGGUAUUAUUAUUAUUAUUAUUGUUAUUAUUA